AUGAAGGCAGCUAGAUCGAAACUAAAAUCAAUAUUAUCAUCGGAGCAGGAGAAGAACAAAGAGCUAGCGGCUGCUAAUGCCUCAAUGAACACAGAGCUGCAGGCAGUGAAGGCUAAUAUGCAGAGGCUGGAAGGAUUUCCUAUCCAAUCUUCGGACAUUGAUGAAAAUUUCGUAGUCACGGAAUUCAGAAGCCUUUGGACCUCUGCUACGAGCGAGUUAUCUCCAUUGCUAGACCUAGAUGUUCCAAAAGAUACUUUAAAGGACCAAAAGGAGAAGCCUAUCUGGGAGAAACUUAGGAAGACAGACAACAUACUCCUACCACCAAGCUUUCCUCUUAUUCCUUCAAACUCCUCGGCUGCUAAAGCGGUACGAUUUGCAUUGAUCCUGGCUGUUCUGUUCAGAGAGAUCGACCGACGUAUAUUCAAACCGAGCUAUCUUCUUUCAGAGAGCAACAGUCUUCGUGAGGCUCUCGGUCAUCUCGCAGAGAAUGAUGGCGAGAAAGAAGCUUUUUGCCGUCGCAUACUUCUCUCCAUUGACCCGCGCGCGGAACACGUGCCUCAAAAAGCAGAGAUUCGAGCCGUGGUCCAGAGAAUGUCUUCGUAUACGGAUGGCCUAUUUCCUGAAGCGCGGCACGAUUUGUUUUGUACAAAAAUCAAAUCAAUAGUUCAGAACGCGGCCGAAUUUUGGCUUCCAAUUCAGCGAUCGCAACAGAAGUUCGAGACAGAUUUCGAAGAACCUUUUGAUCCCGACGACAAUGAAUGGGAUCGCUUUGCUUUCGCUGGUGAAAACACAACACCGGUGGCACAAGACCAUGGCCCUUAUCUUCUCAAUGUCUUUCCGUGUAUCUCCUCGGUGGAAGACGGCGACCAUAAUCCAUUGACCAAGAUCAUUCAACUCCGCAGUUCCCAGGAAUUAUACUUGGCAGCGCAGCAUGAAGCCACUCAAAUAACAACCUCUGCCACCACCAGACGGCAUUCUGCCCGCCCCAGGAGACAAUCAACUGCACGCUCAAGUGGGAUGUCUUUUUUAGGUGGAAAUUCAACCAACGGCUGA